UUAGCAUUCGUUCUUCUUCGUCAGUAUUCUUCUUAAUUAAUAAUAUUUUGAAUUAAUUAAAUGUACAAACAACAAAAUUAGUAAAAAUGAAAGUGUUCCUGAACGAAAUAGAAAUUUUUAAUUUUAAAUCUUUCAAAGGAAAUAAUAAAUUUAGGAAUCUAAAACCAUUGAUGGGAAUAAUGGGCCCAAAUGGAACAGGAAAGUCGAAUUUCAUUGAUGCUGUCGCUUUCUGCUUCAAUGAAAAUAUUAAAAAAUUAAGAGUUCAUGACCUUAAGCAUCUUGAAUUUGAAAACCAGAAUUCACCAACAAGCAGAUCAUAUGUGACAUGUACACUUGUACUGGACAAUGAUUCCAAGUCAUUUAAAAGGGAAAUAGCCAAUGAUUCGUCUGAAUAUUCAAUUGAUGGCAGGGUAGUGGAAGAAGACGAAUAUUUACAUGAAUUAAAUGGACUUGGUAUUAAUUUAGAAUCUAAAAAAGUAAUUAUGUAUCAAGAUGAUGUCCAUGAAAUGGUUAAUUUAGAUCCAGAAGAAACGACAGAAUUAUUUGAAAAAAUUAGCGGCUCUGUUGUUUAUAAAAAAGACUACGAAGUUUUUAAAAAAGAACUUGAUCUAUGUAAACUUAAUGGACUGAAAUUAUUUGAUAGAAAAAAAAUUCUGACUAAAAAGCGAAAAACCCUCAGAAUUUGGAUAAUAAAUGAAAUGGUUCAACUCGGUCUGCAGAAUGAAUUUAAUGAAUUUUCAGUUAAACAUAUUCUUAUUAAUUUGUAUCUUUUGGAGAAGGAGAAACAAACUGUACAAGACGAUAUUUCGAAGAUUAUGGCCGAGUGCAUAGAAGCAAAAGAAAAUAUCAACAAACGCAAAGAAGAGCUUGAGAUGUUACAGGAUACUUUGGAAACCGCGGGAAAAAAUUCAGAUGAAUUUCAAAUUGAAAUGUCUGGAAAAUUGAUUAAACAUCAGAAAGCAAAAGCUAUACAUGAACGCAUCAAAAGAGAGAUUGCGACUAUCGAAAAAAAAUUAGUUACAGCUAAGGAGACUCAUGCGAAAGCUAUUCAAGCAGACAAAGUGCGAAUGGACGAGAUAAAAAAAUUGGAAGAAGCUUUGGAACUUGCUAGCGAUGAAUGGCAACGAUAUCGCGAUCUCUUGUCUCAAGAUCAAGCAAAUGCUGAGCAAAUAAAACAACAAGAACAAGAGUAUCAGCGUUUAAAAAUGAUUAUAUUGGAGGAAACAACAGCAAUUGUUAGAGAAUUAGACUCAAUAGAACUUUCAAGCGGAAAAUAUUCUUGCGCUAUCGAAAAUUCUGACCGUCAGUUAAAAGACAUUGACGUUCAAAUAACGUUGGCUACUAAUUCACUUACAAGCAUCGACAAUGAAAAGGCUAAAAUUGAAGAAAAACUUGAAAAUGUCAAAAAUGAGCUCGAAAAGUGGAGCGACGACUUGAAUAAAAAACAAAGAGACAUAGCAACAGCUAAAGAAGACAAACAAAAAUUUGAGAAAGAACUCGAAAAAGUCACAAACAAUUUGCGUUUUUAUAAAUUAAAUAAAAUGCAAGCCAGUAUGAAAGAAACUGAGAAAGAAAAUUUGUCAGUAUUUCAGAGAAGAGUCAAAGGAGUGCAUGGCCGCUUGUAUAAUCUCUGCAAGCCGAUUCACCCGCGAUACAAUAUCGCAAUGACAAAAGUUUUCGGAAUGUUCUUCUCUGCAAUCAUUGUCGACUCUACAGAAGUUGCGGCUCAGUGCAUGCAAGAGUCAAAAACUUUAGGCUUGUCAUUUGAAAGAUUUUUGCCUCUUGACGACCAUCUUAAAGUCGAGCCUCUACAAAGUCGUCGAAGAGAUGGUCAUUACGAUGAUAUAAAAAAUGUAAAACUGGUGUAUGACGUAAUUAAAUUUCCACCGGAAAUAAGUCGCGCGGUUUUAUUUGUUACAAACAAUACACUAGUUUGCGAAACAUCAAAAGACGCAAAUCAUGUCGCGUAUAAUUUAAACUCUGGAGAGAAGCAUGAUUGUGUUUCUUUAGACGGAACAUUUUAUAAAAAAAAUGGAUCAUUUUCUGGUGGUAAAGUUUCAAUUGGGGAAAAGGCUAAAUUGCUUGAUGCUGAAUCAACAGACCAAUUAGCAGCGAGAAAAAGUAUUGUCUUGAAUCUUAUAAGAGAUUUAAACAAGACAAUAAACAAUGAAUCAGAGUUAGAAUCAUCUAAGUUAAAAAUAAAAGCACUUAAUUGGCAACAAAAAUACUUGGAAAAUAUUUUAAAAACAAAAAAUCAAGAACGCGAGGACAUAAAGAAACUGAUUGAAAAGUUCAAAAAAGACAAAGAAGUGAUACAGAGUCAAUUAAAUGAAUUUAAAAAUCAUCUUAAAGAAUUUGAUGAGCCAAUUAAAAAGCUUAAAGAUCGUCUUAUUCCUAUUAAAAAUAAAGUAUACCAGCCUUUUUGCGAACAGCUUAAAAUUAACAAUAUUCAAGAAUUUGAAAUUCAAAUGCAACGUCGUACAGAAACUCACUCGAAAUUAUUAAAACUCAGUGAACAAGUUGAGCGAAUAAAAAGUUGCAUUGAGUACGAGCGAGAAAAGAAUACUGAAGAUAAUGUUAAGCGAUGGAGAGAUCAUGUUGAGAAAUUAGAAAAUGAUCUUGCUGAUAAGAAAAAAAAUGAGGAGGAUUUUAACAUUAAGGUCGCUGACUUUGAUGAGGAUUUGCAGUCAUGUAAAGAAAAACUUGAUGCUAUGCUACAGGACCAGGAGACCAAAAAGAUUGAAAUUCAAAAAAUUGAAAAUAUUAUUGUCAAAGAAGAAAAAAAACAUGUCGUGCUAAUGUCUGAUCUUGCGAAUUUGAGUGAUAAAGCGCUAAAAUUAAGUGCUGAGUAUCAUGAUUUGAUUUUUAAAGCAAAGAAUGAAGAUAUUCAGUUGCCGCUACUUGAGGAUUCACUUCCUUUAGAAUCCCUUUACGAAUUAUUUGAGUCUGUAGAAUAUGAAGAGCGGGAUUCUCAAGAAUUUUUAAAUUUAUACGAAAUGGAGCAUCGUUUAAAAUUUAAUUACGACUGUCUGGAAAGAGAUUUAAAUGAUAAUGGUGAUUACAGUGAGCUUCGUCUAAUUUAUGCUGAUAAGCUUGAAGAUUUGAGUAAAAAAUUGACCAAGAAGACUUCGACUCAUAGGGCGGAAGCUGAGUUUGAUCAAAUUAAUAAUGAGCUGCAAGAACUUGCACCAAAGAUAAAAAUAAACCUCGAAAAUACUAAAAUAUGGACGAAAAAAUUUGAUCAAAUCAAACAACGAAGAUAUGACACAUUUAUGGAUUUUUUUCAAUCAACUUCCGAUAAAGUUGCAGAAAUUUAUAAACAAUUAUCAGGCGGCGCUUCAGCUGAAGCAUUAUUACUUCCCAUGAAUUUGGAAGAGCCUUACUUAGAUGGCAUUCGAUAUGAUUACGUACCACCUCUUAAACAAUUCAAUGAUCGUGUCGAACCAUCAGGAGGAGAGACCACAGUUGCUGCCUUGGCUUUAAUGUUCGCAAUCUACAGCAACUACUCAGUGCCAUUUCUCCUACUCGACGAAAUCGACGCAGACUUGGACCGUGACAAUGUCAUUAAUAUAAUCAGAUAUCUGCUAAAAACAAAAUCCAGUCAACAAAUAUUGUUUAUAUCACACAAUGAGAGAGCUCUCAGCAAAACUGAUAAAGUUGCUGGCCUUUAUCUUUUGACAGCGUCAAAUAAUUCUCAGCACACCAAAAAUAUAAUGGUCGAUUUAAGUUCUUAUGCAAAUGAAUGACCAGUGAAUUUAUUUUUUUUACUUUACAUUUACGUAAAAAAUUUACGUACUACUUUUUUUAAAAAUUACUAUUCCAUUCAAUGGAAUUUUUUAUGUUUAUUUAUAACUCACUAUUUAGUCAUUUUUUUAUUUUAUUGGCUUAUUUUUAAUCAUUGAAAUUAUUCUACUUGUUUUUUUUUACACUCAUGUGAUAAAUUUUAAU